AUGUCUGGGAUAACUGGGAAUUUGGAUUGCGAGGAGUGUUUGUCUUCUGCACAUGUGGCCAACAGCACGGAGCUACAUCCGCGCUCCGCUGUGGAUGAAGACGACGAACUUCUGAGAUACAUCUGGAGAGAGUACUUACACCCCAAGCAGUAUGAAUGGGUCCUGAUCGUGGCUUACAUUAUUGUGUUCUUCGUUUCACUCAUUGGAAACUCGCUGGUUUGUUUUGCAGUGUGGAAAAACCGUCACAUGCGCACCGUGACCAACUAUUUCAUAGUGAACCUCUCCUUUGCUGAUGUGUUGGUCACCAUCAUCUGCCUGCCUGCGAGUCUUGUGGUAGACAUCACAGAGACAUGGUUCUUUGGAAAAACUCUUUGCAAAGUUGUGCCUUAUUUGCAGACCAUUUCCGUUUCUGUAUCAGUGCUAACACUGAGUUGCAUUGCCCAAGACCGCUGGUAUGCUAUCUGCCACCCACUGAUGUUCAAGAGCACAGCCAGGAGGGCUCGCAAAAGUAUUGUUGUCAUAUGGGUUGUGUCGUGCAUCAUCAUGAUCCCUCAGGCUAUUGUGAUGGAGUGCAGCAGCCUGCUGCCUGAACUAACAAACAAGACCAGCCUGUUCACAGUGUGCGAUGAACACUGGGGAGCUGAGAUCUAUCCAAAGGUGUAUCACACCUGUUUCUUCAUUGUCACAUAUUUUGCACCACUGUGUCUCAUGGUCUUGGCGUAUAUCCAGAUAUGUCACAAGCUGUGGUGUCAACAGAUUCCUGGAAACACAUCAGUGUUGCAGAGAAAAUGGAGAUCCAUGCAGUGCUCAGCUCCAGCUCCAGGCCUGGGAGAGGCUGUGAGGGUCCGGACCAGCACGGUUUGUGCAGAGAUCAAACAGGUCCGAGCCCGGCGCAAGACAGCUCGCAUGCUGAUGGUGGUCCUCUUUGUUUUUGCUCUGUGCUACUUGCCGAUCAGCGUGCUCAAUGUCAUGAAAAGAGUCUUUGGGACUUUCAAGAACACAAAUGACAGAGAGACAGUGUAUGCAUGGUUCACUUUCUCACAUUGGCUCAUAUAUGCCAACAGUGCAGCAAAUCCUAUCAUCUACAAUUUCCUCAGCGGGAAGUUCCGUGAAGAGUUCAAAGCAGCCUUUUCUUGCCACUGUUAUGGCCAAGGACAAAAUCAGACAAAGAGGAUAAGAACCAGAACCAGCACGGACAGCCGGAAAUCCCUGUCAACUCAAGUUAACAACAUGGACAAUGUCUCACGAAUAUCUGAUCAGGUAGUGUAGUCUUAUCCCAGUGGGGAGUUCUUCUGACCACUUCAAACUUCAAAGGACAUACUCAUCGUUAAGGUAGACAUUCAAAAUGAUUGUAUAUUUA